AUGAGGCGGCCGACGCGGCGGCUGGCGCUGUCUCUGCUGGGGGUGCUCUGGCUCGCCGCCCUCCUCCUCUUCUUCUUCGGGGCGCGGAGGAAGUUGGAGGUGCCGGAGCCCGAGGGACACACGCCGGAGGAAUCGGAGGCCGACUGGGACGACCUGUGGGAUCAGUUCGAAGAGCGGAGGUACCUGAGCGCCCGGAGGUGGAAGGGCGGCGAGGACCCGUACCGGCUGCACGCCUUCAACCAGCGGGAGAGCGAGAGGAUCCCCAGUGACCGCGCUGUCCGCGACACCCGCCACCACAGGUGUACGACUUUGCGCUACAGCCAGGACCUCCCACCCACCAGCGUGGUCAUCACCUUCCACAACGAGGCCAGGUCCACCCUGCUGAGGACAAUUCGGAGCGUGCUGAACCGCACCCCAGUGCACCUCGUCCAUGAAAUCAUACUCGUGGAUGACUUCAGUGAUGACCCCGAUGACUGCCGCUUGCUGGGCCAGCUGCCCAAGGUGAAGUGCCUGCGGAACGGCCGGCGGGAAGGUCUGAUCCGAUCCCGAAUCCGAGGGGCAGACGUGGCCAAAGCAGGUGUCCUGACCUUCCUGGACAGCCACUGCGAGGUGAAUAAGGACUGGCUGCUCCCUCUGCUGCAGAGGAUCAAGGAGGAUCCCACCCGGGUGGUCAGUCCCGUUAUUGACAUCAUCAACCUGGACACUUUUGCCUACGUGGCAGCUUCCUCAGACCUCAGGGGAGGUUUUGACUGGAGUCUGCAUUUCAAAUGGGAGCAGCUGUCCCCAGAGCAGAAGGCCAAACGACUUGAUCCCACCGAGCCCAUUAAGACACCCAUCAUUGCUGGGGGGCUGUUUGUGAUCGACAAGGCCUGGUUCAACCACCUGGGGAAGUAUGACAGUGCCAUGGACAUCUGGGGCGGAGAGAACUUUGAAAUCUCUUUCCGUGUGUGGAUGUGUGGAGGGAGCCUGGAAAUCAUCCCCUGCAGCCGUGUUGGGCACGUCUUUAGGAAGAAACAUCCCUACGUCUUUCCAGAGGGAAAUGCCAAUACAUACAUCAAGAACACCAAGCGCACGGCCGAGGUGUGGAUGGACGAGUUCAAGCAGUACUACUACGCUGCCCGGCCUGCAGCCCAGGGGAGGCCUUUUGGGAACAUCCAGAGCAGAGUGGAGCUGAGGAAGAAGUUGAAAUGCCACAGCUUCAAGUGGUACCUGGAAAACGUUUAUCCCGAACUUCGGAUUCCCGAGGAGUCGCUCUAUCAGACUGGGAUCAUCAGGCAAAGGCAGAGCUGCCUGGAGUCACACAAGUCUGAAGAGCAGGAGUUCCCCAUCCUGAGCUUAAAUCCUUGUAACAGCACCAAGGGCACAGUGCCAAAGGCACAGGAGUGGACAUACACGUACAACCACCACGUCCGCCAGCAGCAGCUCUGUUUGUCUGUGUACACCCUCUUCCCUGGCUCCCAGGUGCUGCUGUCACCUUGUAAAGAAGGUGACAACAAGCAGCGCUGGGGCAAGGUGGGGUCGCACAUCGAGCACAUAGCGACACGCUUCUGCCUGGACACUGAGACCAUUGGGGACACCCACGAGAGCAUCCGAGAGCUGGUGAUCAACCCCUGUGAGAGCACAGCCAUGAGCCAGCGCUGGGACAUGCUGAUGUCUUGA